AUGAGAUCCCUCACAGAAGAAGAGACCCGGACGCUCUUCACGAAGCUCGCUUCCUAUACCGGCCGCAGUCUCAAUUCUCUUAUUACCCCAGCCGAAGAUGGAUCUCAGAGUGUUUUCCGCUUGCAAGGAUGCCGGGUUUACUACGUGAACAAGGAUAUCGCCAAUCUGAGUGUUUCAUUCCCUCGUGAUCAGCUCCUUUCAGCUGGCACUAUGGUCGGCAAAUUUACGAAGACGGGCAAGUUCCGCAUCAACCUGACAGCUCUGGAUCUCCUGGCGCAAAAUGCCCGAUACAAGGUCUGGAUCAAAGCAAAUGGAGUGAUGCCUCUGCUCUAUGGCGGUUCGGUCCUAAAAGCCCACGUGGCUCGUUUCUCGGAAGACUGUCCGGAGAAUGCAGGUGUUGUGAUUCUGGACUCAAAUGAUGUUCCCCUCGGAUUUGGAGUUACAGCACGGUCAUCCGCGCAGAUCGCAAAAUUGGACCCUACCAGUAUCGCGGUCCAUCGUCAGGCCGAUGCAGGAGAGUACCUUAGAGAGGAGGAUACGUUGUUCACAACCUAA